UCUCUCGCUUCGUUGUCGGUUCAGCGUCGUGUCGUCCUCAUUGUCCAUUCUCCGUUUUCUUAGGUGCCCUUGAGAGGAUUAUUCGGUGAUUUAUAAGUUUCUCCUCUCCAGGGUUCGACAUUUUUUGUCAGAGACAUUUGGUGGCGGGGACCUUCAACUCUAUUAUCAUAAUAUGAGUGUAUAAUUCUCCUGCCCUUAGCCGUCUCACAGGAGCAAGCUCACUAAUAAUGACCAUGUGUGAAGUAAUGUCUGGAUCUCUCGAGCGUUCCUUGAGACCUGGUCUCGAAAAACCAGAUAUGGAAAAUACUAGGAUCGGGUCUUUGAAAAAGAAAGCUAUCAAUGCCUCAUCCAAGUUCAGGCAUUCCAUGACAAAGAGGGGUAGGAGAAGCAGUAGAGUCAUGUCUAUUUCCAUUGAGGAUGAUCGUGAUGCAGAGGAAGUGCAGGCAGUUGAUGCAUUCCGUCAAGCACUCAUCUUGGAAGAAUUAUUACCCUCGAAACAUGAUGAUUACCAUAUGAUGCUUAGAUUUUUGAAGGCCAGGAAAUUUGACAUUGAGAAGACAAGGCAAAUGUGGGCUGACAUGAUCCAGUGGAGGAAGGAAUUUGGUUCUGACACAAUCAUGGAGGAUUUUGAAUUUGAAGAACUCAAUGAAGUCCUAGAACACUAUCCUCAAGGGCAUCAUGGAGUAGAUAAGGAUGGACGUCCUGUCUAUAUUGAGCAGCUGGGAAAAGUUGAUGCUACCAAACUAAUGCAAGCUACAACCAUGGAUCGGUAUGUGAAGUAUCACGUACGAGAGUUUGAGAGGACCUUUGCUGUUAAGUUCCCAGCCUGUUCUAUUGCAGCAAAAAAGCACAUUGAUCAGAGCACAACCAUACUGGAUGUGCAAGGAGUGGGACUUAAAAAUUUCAACAAACAAGCAAGGGAACUUAUUACACGUAUUCAGAAGAUUGAUGGCGAUAAUUAUCCUGAGACCCUGUGCCGCAUGUUCAUCAUCAAUGCUGGUCCUGGAUUUAGACUUUUAUGGAACACUGUUAAGACCUUCCUUGAUCCCAAAACUACAGCAAAGAUCAACGUUCUUGGGAAUAAGUACCAGAGCAAAUUGCUUGAAGUUAUUGAUGCUAGUGAGCUGCCAGAAUUUUUGGGUGGUACUUGUACUUGUGCUAAUCAGGGUGGCUGUAUGCGUUCUGAUAAGGGCCCAUGGAAGGACACACAGAUAUUGAAGAUGGUUCAAAAUGGUGAUGCCAAAUGCUCGCGAAAGACUGAGGCACCAAGCACUGAUGAGAAGACAAUUUCUGAGGAUGAGAUACUGUACCCAAAGGGAUGUGAUUCUGUGAAGGGGGAGGAAGCUGAUGAUAUGCGAUCUCACUCACCCAAACUUCAAAGGGAGUAUAUUCAGCAUCCACAACCCUCUCCUGUUCACGAAGAAGCUCAAAUUGGCAAAAAUAGCUAUGGUAAAUAUGGAUAUGAUGAGUUCAUCCCAGUGGUUGAUAAGUCUGUGGACACAACUUGGCAUAAAGCAGUAGCAAAUGACAAGCUCGCGCUCUCUAAAGGUUGCUACACUAUGGAUGAUGCUUGCAAGGGUUCAGAUGGGGUUAGUGGUCCGAUCUUCACUGGGCUCAUGGCCUUUGUUAUGGGCAUCGUCACUAUGAUCAGAGUAUCGCGCGACAUGCCAAAGAAGCUCACAAAUGCAACUCUCUAUUCUAGCUCUGUUUGCUGUGCUGACACAAUGUAUAAAGGCCAGGAGCAGCACCACCAGUUGUCUGGUCCUGCCAUCUCCGUUGCCGAAUACAUGACUGUCAUGAAGCGUAUGGGUGAAUUGGAAGAGAAGGUGAAUGUUCUAAGCAUGAAGCCUGCAGCAAUGCCAGCUGAGAAGGAGGAAAUGCUUAAUGCUGCUGUAAGCCGAGUUGAUGCCCUUGAGCAAGAGCUUAUGGCAACCAAGAAGGCUCUUGAGGAUUCCAUUGCUCGACAGGAAGAGCUUAUGGAUUACAUUGAGAAGAAGAAGAAGAAGAAAAAAUUGUUGAAUCCGUUCAGCUGGUAAAGAGAGAAGAAGGCGGCCACUGUAUGAUG